AUGAUCAUCAUCUCCUCUUUAGAUGGCACACUGUGCAGAAGUCUGGAGAAGUGCAUGGCCCCACCUGCCCGAAGUCACCUGAGGAACUGGAAGGUGAUGCUGCUGGUGUUUGUGUGUUUUCUGGGUCUGGUUGAUGGACAUUUUCUGCAGGAGGAGACCGAAGAACCCCGUCCUAAUAACCUGAGAGUCUCUUCAAACCCUCAAGAGCGUCGAAGAUCUCAGAAAGAUGCGGAUGAGCGGCAAAGCAGAGCACCGUGGGCGCGACUCUAUGACUCAUCCCUGGCGGAGGAAGGUGAGAGUCAUCGAAUCCGUUGGCAGCGGUCCCAUACAAACUCCUCCAGCACACGCAAACCUCCAAGAAAACGCAAGGAGCGCCGCAACCGUGCACGCGGCCGAAGCAGCCAGGACUGUCGUUUGGAGAGGAAAGAGAUGAAGGUGCGAGAUCUCGGCCUCGGCUACGACUCGGACGAGAUUGUCCUGUUUAAGUACUGCGUGGGGACGUGCAUGAGCGCUCGCAAGAACUACGACCUGGCCCUGAAAACGCUGACAGAAAACGGCAGCGUUUCCAGCCGCAAUGUGAGCACGCAACCUUGCUGCAGACCCACACGCUUCGAGACCGUCUCCUUUAUGGACGCCCAGACCAGCUGGCAGACCAUCAAAUGGCUGUCAGCCGCCAACUGCAGCUGCGUGGGGUGAGGAAACCUGAGGAACCACAACCGGGAUAAUCAAUGCAAAGCUCCGGGAUACAGAGAGGAAACUCCGGAGCGAGGAGUCAGAGAUGCUGCGUUCUUAAGCGGAAAGCAAAGCAGAUCUGAGCACGGAAAUCACAGGAGUACUGAAGGGUCCACAAAUCGCUUGAAAAGCUAAAAACUGCAAAAGCGAGUCCUCAGAUUCCUGCUCCAGACUGCAGUUCUGCGUGGGAAGCGUGUGAAAAGUAACUUGAAGGCCUACGUUUCACAGAAACUGGAGAUGUUUUAAGGUGGAUAACCAUGAAGGUUCAUUUUACACAACGGAAGGUGCUUUUGAUUCACUUAUCAUCAGCUCAGCAUGUGUGUUUAUAAUGCACACUCUUUCUUAAAGGGAUAGUACACUCAUUAUUUACUCACGUUCAAGUGGUUCUAAACUUUGAGGAAAUUCUUUCUGUUGUUGAACACAAAAGAAGAUCUUGCGGCACAGUCGCCUCACAACAAGAAGGUCACCGGUUUGAGUCCCGGCUGGGUCAGUUGGCAGUUCUCUGUAGAGUUUGCAUGUUCACCCCAUGUUGGCGUUGGUUUCCUCCGGGUGCUCCAG